CACUCUAGAGGCAGCAGACCCACAUUACAGACCCAUGCAGGCGGGACCGAGCUGCGCUGUCUCCAUGUGGAUUAGUGCCAGAGAGAGAGAGGGCAGUUUUCAAUGACAGCUCCAAACUUCAGCCUCAUAUCAGGAGCGUAUCUGUGCGCGCCGCGGAUUCGGUUCCUCUUUGCGCAUGGCCUGAUAGUCACUUCUGUGUAAAGACAUCUCCUAUUCUCUUUUCCGCCCCGUGCGUGAUUCAGCUCACACUGCAAAUGAGCGCACGUCUCAGCUUGUGCGAGGUUCAUCAUCACCAGGAGCAGCAGGAGAAAGAGAGGACCUUUUAAGGAGCAGCAGCAGCGCAGGAGAAAGUGGGAUAAAGUGGCUGUUGCGCACAGGAGAGUGUGAUUUCCUUCUUUUCGCUCUCCUCGUGUUUUAUUAAGUUUAGAGGAGGUCAUGACUUCGGUUUGGAAGAGACUUCAGCGCGUAGGUAAGAAGGCGUCAAAGUUUCAGUUCGUCGCUUCUUACCAGGAACUGGUGUUGGAGUGCAACAAGAAAUGGCAACCGGACAAGCUGAGGGUGGUGUGGACCAGGAGGAACAGACGCAUGUGUUCCAAGCUCCACAGCUGGCAGCCUGGAAUCAAGAACCCCUACAGGGGCAUGGUGGUGUGGCCGGUCCCAGAGAACAUCGACAUCUCUGUGACACUCUUCAAGGAGGCCAACGCUGAUGAGUUUGAGGACAAAGAGUGGACCUUUGUCAUUGAAGGUGAGAGCAAGGGGCAUCGUAAGGUGCUGGCGUCGGCUGACAUCAACCUGAAGCGGUUUGCCAGUCCCACGCCGACGCAGACUGACCUGACGCUGAAGCUGAAGCCGCUGUCCGUCAAAGUGGUGGAGGCCACGCUCAAGCUCUCGCUGUCGUGUGUCUUUGUUCGCGAGGGAAAAGCCACUGAUGAAGACAUGCAGAGUCUGGCCAGCCUGAUGAGCGUCAAACCCUCAGACAUCGGAAACCUGGACGACUUCAAUGAGAGCGAUGAAGACGAGGACAAGAAGUCCGUCACUGCGUCAGUUCCACACACUCUUACCCGCCCAAAUCGCCCUGCUCCCCCUCCGCCUGACAAGCGACACUCCACAGGAGCCUCUCUUCCUGCCUCAGUCUGUGGACGAGAUGGCGGUCCUCCCAGUCCUGCCAUCCACUCUCGCCCUCCCCUACCGAUCACACCUCGCCCCUCACCCCGCCGCUCCCGACACCCCCUCUCCAACACCCCUGUCCAAUCAGAGAUCCCGCCUUCCCCUGGCCCCUCCCCUCAGCCCUCCCCCAGGUCCAAGCAUAAGAAACUGACCAAUCCCGUUGCUCCUGAGCCUCCUGCUUUAGCUCACCCAGAACCUCCAGGUCCCCAGGUCCCAGCAGCUGCUCCCUCAACCCAGAGUCCAUCCCCCGUUCAGCCUCUCUCUGAUGUGUCUCCUGCAACUCCUCCAUCACCCAAGUCCACCUCCAUAACCACUCAUACCUCUUCCCCCCUUCCUCCAUCUCCCACAUGCUCCACAUCUGUGUCCACUACAGCCUCAGUGGAGCCUCCCCCAAAUCUUCAUCCAAUCAGCAUACCUGCAACUGGCAUUACUACUUUAACCCCCAAACCUCCCUCCACUGCAACGUCACCCACUGACAUUACCAUAACAUCAUCUUCAUCCACUCCCGUAAAGUCCUCUCUCAUCUCUUUGACACAUAAGCCAAUCUCUGCUGCCUCUCAGCCUCUCCCUUUCAAAUCCGCCUCACCCUCAAACUCCACCCUGUCCUCUGAGUCCACAUCCACUCGCCCUCCGCUCGCCCGGACCCUCUCUCAUCCGCCUUCUCUGCCCAGAAUCUUCCAGUCAGGCUCAGCGAAAGUUCCUGCUUCAUAUCAACGGCGCCCCCCAGAGGCUCAAGCUGUAGAUGAUUCUACUUCAGCGACUGUUCGUUCCCAUAUUUUUAAACCUCAGCUUGUCAAGUCAAUCGCCCGCCCUUCUUCUCCCUCACCCUUUUCUGCUGAUGCACCUCCCCUGGCUUCAACACCUCCCAUCCCCAAACCUCACCCCUCUGGCUCAGCGUCAGGUGCUCAGGGGACGUGGCUGGCAUCUGACUCUGCCCCGAUCAAAGGCGACAUCGCCCCAGUCCCUCUGCAGAGCAGCCCUGAUCUUGAUGCUCUCUGCGACCCCGUGGCUCCAGCACUCCCUGCCUCCCUUCCUCGCUCCUCACCCCCUCGCUCUUCUUCUCUUUCCACCUCUGUUUUACUCUCCUCUCCUCACCCUCCGUCCGCUGUGUCUCCUUCUGCUCCUCCUGCUCAGAUCGGUUCAGGCUUAACGUUCCCCCUCGCUCAAGCAGACAAGGAAACGACUCAGAGCCCUCUAAGCCGAGGGGGAAAGGCGGCUAACAUCAGGAUAUCCAACCAGCAAAUCAGACCAGACCAGGACUCAAAGGCGGCCGUCACAGAAAACAAAGCUGAGCCAGGAAGGAUCAGCUCACACAGAGAAGAUGCUGCUGAGGUGGAAGCCCCUGUCACUCAGGAGGCCCAGCCAAUCACAGCCAAAGACUCAGAACCACCUCACGUAGAACCACCUCCUGCUCGACCUGGAGCACCAUCAGUUACAGAGGAGCCCAAAGAGCCAGAGGGACCCUGCAUAGAACCGACAACCUCUCUCGAGGUUUCCCCCAAACCAGGAGGCGAGCGCACGGCUUUGGCGCUGGAGCCACUGCUGCCCUCAAAGCCAGAACCAGGAUUGCGGCCGGAACCGGUCCUCCAGCCGUCGGGUAAACCACAAGAGGAGGCAGCAGAUGAGGUGAAGCCAGCAGGCAGCUCUGCUGGUGGUGAGGAGAGUUUGGUCGACAAUAAGGAGCCAGUGUGCGCUGCGGAGAAGCAGCUGUGGGCAGCUGUGGAGGAGACCACAGCAGAGACAGGAGGAGACAAAGUGAUGGAAAGCAGUGAGAGCGCUGAAGAGAAGGAUGAGCAGGAGAAGAGGGAGGAAGGUGUAACAGGGGGCCCAGGACAGCCAUCCUCUGCUGUAACCCAGAAGCCCUCCCCUCUGCCCUUCAGCGAACAAACCCGUCACCAGACCUAUGCUGCCAGUCACUCGGUGACCGGUCAGGCUGACCAUCCUAUUGAGAUGAGGCCUAAACCUUCUUCCCAACAAAACGAGCCCCUUCAUCCAAGCGCAAACGCAACCAGCAAACACUCUGACUUGAAACACACCAAGAUAAAUGUUGACACACACAUCAACAAGACACAUGAUGACCCAAGAAAACCCACAGAUUCACUCAUGAGUCUUGAAAUGAGAGAUGUUAAACACGUGAAUCAUUCCAAGAGCUUAAAUAAGCAACCAACAGAGAACGACAGCACACGGAUGGACGACCGACACACUUCAAGCCCUGAUCAUAACGACCCCAUCAAAGCAAAACAGCUCCAGGAGGAGGAGGAGUUCCUGUUAGCCAAAAUCCGUCUGCUGACCGGUGGCGACACGUCACCCCUCUCCGGCGCUCGCAGUAUGAAACGCCUCAUUCCCGCCCCCGGGGAUAUCGAGUGUGACGCCACAGAAAACCCUCCUGAACUUAUUGAUCAGAAUCAGAUCUCAUUUACCCGCUGCUGUGACGGCCUGCAGGAAAUAUCACUAACUGAGACAGAGGAGCCACUGAGAGGGAAGCGUGUAGACACGUCCAGCACAGACAAACACAUCCCUCCUCCCCAUUACUGUGAGAUGAAGACAUCUUGGCUUCCUACAUUACUAGAAGAGGAAACCGCUGAUAUCAAAACACCUGAUCCAGUUUCAAUAGUCAGAGAGGAGGCCGAUGGGAAGGACGACUCCGCUGAGGAGCUGGUGAACUCCAGCCAGUCGCUGCUGCAGUGGUGUCAGGACAUCACCAGCCAGUACCGGAGGGUAAAGGUCACAAACUUCAGCACGUCCUGGAGAAACGGCCUGGCCUUCUGUGCCCUCCUGCAUCACUUCCACCCAGACAAAAUAGAUUUUGACCAGUUAAACCCACAUGACAUCAAGCUCAACAACAAAAAGGCGUUUGACGGUUUCGAGGCGCUGGGCAUCUCUCGGCUGUUGGAGCCGUCCGACAUGGUUCUCCUGGCCGUCCCCGACAGGCUCAUAGUCAUGACCUACCUCAGCCAGAUCCGCUCGCACUUCACCAACCAGGAGCUGAGCGUGCUGCAGAUCGAGCACAACAGCAGCCAGUCCAGCUACGGCCUCGCCCCCUCCGGCCCUGCCCCCACCAACGUCGACGCUGCCGCUUUCUGUAUGGCCAGACUGAACGAAGGAGUGAGUCUAGAGGAAGGGGGAAGCAGCACACUGGUCGUCCCGCCUCCGAGGACCAAACGACCGGUUAAAGGUGACGAGACAAUAUCCCCUGUCGCACCCCCAAGAUCGAUCACCAAGACAGUCACAUCUGGACUCAGUCAGGAUGAAGACACGAUGACAAAUUCUUCAAAAGAAAACACGAAGAAAUCAGAGCUGCAAACAGCUGCAGGGACAGAGCCUCCAAAACAAGACGCUGAAACAAUGGGUCUGCAGGACACCAGUCAGUAUGUGCUGAGUGAGCUGGCAGCGUUAGAGACGGAGCAAAGGCACAUCGACAGCAGAGCCGCUGUGGUGGAGCGACGACUGCGGAGCCUCAUGGAAACAGGAAGUGACCGUGAUGAAGAGGAGAGACUGAUCCAGGAGUGGUUCAUGCUGGUGAACAAGAAGAACGCUCUGAUACGCAGACAGGACAACCUGGAGCUACUGCAAGAGGAGCAGGAUCUGGAGCGGAGGUUUGAGCUUCUCAACAGAGAACUGCGGGUCAUGAUGGCUAUAGAAGAGUGGCAGAAGUCGUCCACUCAGCAGCAGAGGGAGCAGCUGCUCCUCCAGGAGCUGGUGUCUCUGGUCAACCAGCGGGACGAGAUCAUCAGAGACAUCGACGCCAAGGAGAGAGGAGCAAUGGAGGAGGAUGAGCGGCUGGAGCGUGGUCUGGAGAUGAGGAGGAGAAAAUACAGCAACAAAGACAAAUGUGUCCUGCAGUGAGAAGAACAGGACAAUCACAACCAGCUUUAACUACUGAGCCCCUGAAGUAGUCUGUUCAUAAUCUAUAUGAGCAGAAUGGAAAACUCUCCCUUUUUUAGUGCCUUGAUUUUCCUGAAGAGCUGCCAGAUUGGGGCUGAAAACGUUUUGUUCAUUCAGUUUAAUUAUUUUCAGCCUGUCUUAUUGUAAUGAUAUUAUUUUGAUUCUAUUCACCUGUUUUUAUUUAUUUAAAUGAUGUGCCUUUAUUUUUAUUGUUGUACAUCUGUUGCACACGUGUUGUUUUUGUGUGUUUGUGUGUAUAUUCUGCUGUGUUCAUUCAGUAUUUAAACACUGGGUUUUUCUGUUAUCAUGGCCACAUGUUAAAAUUAAAACAGAAAUGUGCCAAAUCCUUCAUGAUAAACAGUUUACAGUUUCUUAUCAUAAAUGCACAUUCAAAGAAUCUGUUCCAUUUUUGCUAGUAUUAUCCGUUUCUGUUUUUCCAGCAUGAGAAAUAUCUGCGGACACACCAAUUACAUUUCAGAUACAAACAUUGUAAGUGAGAAAUCCUGAGCUGGACUCAAACCCACAACGUUGUUUGUACGACAGCAGUGUGAUGCCAACGUCACAUUGUGAUAAAGUCUGAAAGCAUUUCCACUUAUUGCAAGAAUAGAAUCAUUCUUUUCAUUAGAAGUGAGAGGUUUAUAAAGUGUUUCUACACGUUAAAGAUGUGUGACGUAGUUUCUUGUUUAAAGUAUUUAUUUUACACUGAGUGCCUUGAAUAAACCAGCGUGGUUGAACUUCUUUAUUCACAGAAAUGAUCCCGUUCCUUCAUUUCUGUGUCGUUUUGACUACUGUGUGCCUGCUUUUUAGGAGGUGUGCUGAUAAAGUGGUACUUAAAGUGGCUUCACAUCACCACUGUGUGCCCAUCACACUGUAUAUUUAUGAUGAUGAUGUUGAUAAUUAUGAUGAAAAAUAAAAAUAAACAUUGGUUGCUCACAA